AUGGAAGCAGGAACACCUAGCAAGGAAGAGCUAUUGGCUCUUCUAAAGCAAGAACGAGCUCUUCUAGAGCAAGAAAGGCAACGAAAUAGGAAGACGACCUUCGCAGAGUACCUUCAGGCCUGUCAUCGCUUUAUUACAAGACCCCUGACUAUCCAGACUGACAGAUCCCUGACAACCAAAGGUUCAAUCACUAGCCCAAAUGGCCGUAUCUGUCCGACCUUUCUUCAACCCUGGGACUUUCGUUCCCUUCAACAGCCUAUUUUCGACGAAGUAUACCGGUUCUUUCACCCUUCCUCCGACUCGUCCAUGCGGGUAUUCCCACCUCUUAUUGUUAUCGAAGAUCGAGGACAACAGGCGUGCUCUCGCCCUCUGGCCAGCGAAGCUGAUCUAGUCCGACACAAGGAGGCCGAAGUUGAGAAUCCCGUGAAAGAAAUAAUCGACCAACUGGCUCAAAUACCUGCAGCACGAGAUAGAUUUGCACUUGGCGAUGGGAUAGUCUUUGAGAACCACAUCAACACAAUCACGGAGGAGCCAGGCCAGCGUCUAUCAGAUUCUGCCCGCGGUGUCCGAGCCGAUCAAAACUGCGUUUACGCGCGAGACGGCAGUCGCGAGUUGCUUUAUGUUAUUGAAUAUAAAGCGGCCCAUAAGCUCCCAGACGCUUUUCUUCGAGCUGGUCUGAGACCUAUGAACAUGCUGGACGAAGUUGUACGACGUGUUACUAUACCCGUGGACCCGGAGGAAAAGCUCCAAUACGAUGCUGAAUUAUUGUCAUGCGCCGCCCUGGCCCAGCCGUUUGAAUACAUGAUUCUGAGUGGCACCGCUCUGAGCGUUUUGGAUAAUGGGAGAAGCCAGGUGAUGCUUUGGAUUCGUGAAGAAGAUCCAGAAACAUUAAAUUACUGCCUGCUUAAUCCUAGCCAGGAUGUGGAACCUGAAACUGAUGAUGGCCUUGGUUUUCGAUACCCUUUUACUGCUACUGGUAACCGACUCGCUUUGACACUUCUGGCUCGUCAAUUUCCUCAACGCAGCCAGAUUUGGCGUAACAACGCCAUGAAUCAACUGCAUAGAUGGAAUGUUGAUUUUGAGGACGUACUUCGAUUAAUCCCAGAGUCGGAAAGAAAGCAGACUCCGCCAGGCUCAAUAUAUCGAGCGCCCCGCUACCCUAUCAACCCUCGAUCACCUUAUCUCCUACGAGCACGACAACUGCCCACUGGUUGCAAUGAGAAUAAUCUGUCUGGCAAUAGUACAGACCCUCCGGACUCAUCGGACGAGUCACAUGACAAGCCGUCACAUCUUCCUUCUUCGCCAAUCGAAGGUUUCGAACGGAGGAAACGACAACGUACAUCGCACUCAAAACCUCCAGGAAGUUCCCCCAAUGAAACCAGACGCCCAAACAGCGAGUACUGCACACAGAAAUGUCUUCGUGGCCUGGUUUGCGGGUUAAGGCUUGACCUCAAAUGUCCAAAUGCACACUUGCACCGAACGCGGUCAAAUGAUGGGCAGCAUCCUAUAUCACACCUGAAGUUUGUUAAGCUUAUCAGCAAGCAGCUAAACGACGACCCAGACAACCGCUGUAUGCCUCUGUGGAAAGGAGGCCUUCAUGGAUCUCUCUUCGCUAUCACGCUUGAAGUGUAUGGCUAUACAUUUGUUGGCAAAGGCACAACAUACAGUUCUCUCUUUGAGGGUGACGUAUAUCGAAAGUUAAGGCGCUUACAGGGAUCUGCUGUUCCGGUUUACCUUGGCGAUAUCAACUUGCGACGGAAUGUUUAUUGCCUUGGCCCUGAGCGCAUCAUAGUCCACAUGUCGUUAAUGGCAUACGGCGGAGUUAGCUUGGAGACUUCGGGCCGUCGUGACCUCAAUAAGCACAUUGCUCUCACAAAAGCAGAGAUCCAAGAGGCCGGUGUCGAACAUCUAGACCAACGACCGGCGAACAUGUUGUGGAAUACGGAGGCCCAGCGCGUUAUGUUUAUUGAUUUCGGUCGUGCAGCUAUCAACGAAAAACGGAAAGUGUCGCCACCAGCUAUAUUCCUACCUAGACCGAAGAGGUUAAGGCAGCGUCAUACAGGCCAGCAUGUUACCGUUUGA